AUAUUUUGAUAAACACACUAACCAAGAAAUUAAAUAAUGAAUUAAAUGAUGCAUUAAAUAUAAGAAUUGAUGAUGUAUUAGUUGGAUUGAUUAAUUUAAUUGAAUUACUUGAAGUAUUAGAAGCAAUAAGUAAUUGUAUUGAUUGUAAAAAAAAAUUGUUAAAUAAUAAUGAAAUCAGAACUUUACUUAAUAAAUUAAUUGAAGUGAGUGAAAUUACCUUAAACGGUUUAGAAACAGAUGUAUUAGCUGGAGAAAUAUCUGGAUUAGAUAAUAAAUUAUGUGGUAGUU